AUGGCAAUAGCAGCUGUGGAAACGAAAUACUAUGCUCAAAGUCUACCUUCCGAAAAGCUUGAAUUUCAAGUGCCAAAGAAGUUGCUAGAUAAAAACUCCUCAGAUGAAGUAAUGAAAGCUUGUGCAGCUCAACUUGAAAGAGACAUGGAGAAUUUUCUGGAUGCUAUAGCUAAAGAAAUUGUUGUUGGUGGAAUGAUGAUACUCAUCAUGCAAAGUCCCCUGGAUAAUAUUGAUCACUCUAAGACCCCAGCUGGUGUGACAUUUAAAUUUGUUGAAGGUGGCCUUAUGGAUAUGGUGAAAGCGGUGAGUCAAUGA